CUUAGCUAUUACAUACCAGUUAGCUGAUUGCCAGCCAUCGCCGCACUUGGAUUUAUUCAUUAAAACAUAAUAGCUUGUACACGGUGCGUGUUGUUUAUUGUGUUAUUUAUCUGUUAAAAAAUACAGAUUUACAAUAUGAAUGCUGAGGAUGAGAUACUGAGAAUCCAGAAGAAGCUCACGAAAAUGUUAAAUCCUGAGGGGACGGGUCAAGAGCAGGCGCUGGAGCUGCUCAAAGUUCUUCAAAGACUUCCUGUUGACUUGGAACUUCUCACUAAAACCAGAAUUGGAAUGACUGUUAAUUCAUUACGAAAAUCUAGCCGAGAUGAUGAAGUAAUAGCCUUAUCAAAAACACUGAUUAAAAACUGGAAAAAAUUCUUGUCAGGUCCAAAUAAAGACGGCAAAGACUCGAGUUCAUCGAGCAACUCGAAGGAGAAGGAAGAACGAUCAGACAAAAAUAAAGACGACUAUGAUUCGAAGAAAGACAAAGAUCACACGGAUGGCAAUGACAUUAAAAGUAAGGACGAAAGAUCAUCAAGUAAGGAUUCACAUAAAAAACAGGCAUCGUUUCCUUCGACAACAACAACAGACGCUGUGAGGCUCAAGUGCCGUGAGCUUUUAGCUUCAGCUCUCAGUGUUGAUAAUUUAUCAAUGGAAGCCUGUGGAACACCUCAAGAAUUAGCUGAGGAAUUAGAAGAAGCUAUUUUUGCUGAAUUCAAAAACACCGAUAACAGAUACAAAAAUAGAGUACGUAGUCGAGUAGCCAAUUUACGUGACGCCAAGAAUCCGACACUAAAAACUAAUUUUCUUGUUGGCGCCAUAACACCCGCGCGUCUUGCCGCAAUGACUGCUGAAGAAAUGGCAAGUGAUGAAAUAAAACAGUUGAGAGAUAGAUUCAAAAAGGAAGCUAUCAAUGAUGCACAACUUGCUACUGUACAAGGUACUAAGACAGACCUGCUAAAAUGCGGUAAAUGUAAACAGCGUAAUUGUACUUACAAUCAAGUUCAAACACGAUCAGCUGAUGAACCGAUGACCACGUUCGUGCUGUGUAAUAAUUGUGGUAAUCGAUGGAAGUUCUGUUAAAAAAAAACCUUUGUAAUGAGCAAUAAUUUAUGUCAUUAUUUGUGCUGUAUUUUUUUUUUUUUUUAAUUAAUUUACAGUAGCAAGUGAAUCAGAGAAAUUGAUUAUUGAAAAGUAUGUAGUAUUUCAUUCGUCAAUGUACACUGUAAGUAAUUAUGACAACUCAUUACACGCUCAUUGAAAUUUAUAGUAAAUAAUUAAAAAAGUUAAGAUAAAACUGUGAUAUACUUCCAUCAAAUAUGAAUCUAAAAUUUGAAUAAACCACAGAAAAUAAUAUUUAAUUAUUACCAAGUACAAAAGAAAAUCAAUUUCUCUGAUUAUAAUAAAAUAAUAAUUAUUAAAAUUUAUAAAAGUAAAAUAGUCUUCGAUAUAUAACGAAAGAUUAACGGAUGAUAUUUAUUAUUAUUAUUAUAAAUAAUAAAUAUCAGCGAGGCUACUUCUGGAUUAUGUUUUUUUUUUUUUUUUUUAUUAUUAUUAUUAAGGGCAUUCUCAAACAAUAUCCCCCACUUUUUAAAAAUACUCAAUGACUCAUCUGUAUAUCAAUUAAUUAAAAAGAAAUUAAGGCAUUAAUUGAAAAAAAGACAGCCGAGUUAUGAUUUCGCCGAAAUGUAGAUUAAAAAAUAAUUACUUACAGUUGUGUUAUCAAUUAGAAGUCAAACGAAAUUUAGUUAAUAAAUUUUAGUUUAAAAAAUUUGAAAAUUCUAAUUAUAAAAUUGACGUGAAGAUUUUACUGAAAUUUAUUUUCCAAAUUUCCCGAUUGAUGUCAACUGUACGUAAUUUUUUUCCAAUCUAUAGUUCGGCGAAAUUUUUUCUUUAAUUAAUUGACCAAAUUUUGAUACACUUACGACAGCCGUCAUUAAAAAUUUUUAAAAAGUGAGGGGUACUGUCUGAGAAUUCCCUUAAGAAAGCAUUUAUUUUCUUUGAAUAAUUAUACGCCGAGUUAACUAGAACUAAUUAAGGAAAAAUUUAAGUUUAAUUGUAACGAUUAAAAACUUUCAGACAAAUUUUCAUUAUCAGUAAUUUUUCUACUAUUUUUUUGAUUAGCCUCUUAAAAAAAAACUAUGAAUAAUUUACAAUAAGUACAAUACAUUAAAUUAAGUAAAGAUACUAAAUUGUAUAUUUUUUUUUUGUUUUUUUCAUUUAUUAAUGUGAAUAAAUUGGUGUGUAAAGUAUAAAA